UCACUGGGGAGGUUCCCGGGGGAAGCCCCUCCCCGGGCCGGGGCGGGACUCUCCGGGCGGCGGGAGAAGCGGAGGCCCCGCCCCGGCUCCCUGCUUGCCAUGGCGGCCUCGCUGCUGCUGCUGGUCCCGGCCCUGGGCAGCUUCCUCUUCACCUUCGGCACCGGCGUGGAGCUGAUCCGCUUCGCCUCGCUGCGCGCCGUGCUGCCCGGCGGGGGGCGGCCGGAGGUCACCCCCAGCGUGGAGUGGGGGGCCGCCCUGCGGGACCCUGGGGUGCUGUGGCCCCUGGCCACGGACCUGGGCCUGGUGGCACUCUUCGUGCUGCAGCAUAGCCUCAUGGCCACCGCGCUGGUCAAGCGCUGGACCACCAGCUGCUUCGGGGUGCUGCAGAGAUCCUUCUACGUUUUCUGCACCGCCCUGGCCCUCCAGCUGCUGAUGCGGUACUGGCAACCCGUCCGGCAUGGCCCCCUGCUCUGGAACGCCUGCACGGAGCCCUGGGACACCUGGGUCCCGCUCAUCUGCUUCAUCCUGCACUUCAUCGCCUGGUUGGUUAUCUUCAGCGUCACCCUCAUCUUCGACUAUGCUGAGCUCAUGGGAGUCAAACAGGUUUAUUACCACUGCCUGGGCAUGGGGGACCCGUUGGCGCUGAAGUCCGUGCGGGCCGUGCGGCUCUAUUCCCACCUUCGCCACCCCGUCUACCUGGAGUUCUUGCUGGUGCUGUGGGCCGUGCCCUGCCUGUCUCUGGAUCGCCUCCUGCUGGCUGGCCUCUUCACCACCUACCUGAGCUGCGGGCACAGCCUGGACCAGCAGGACUACCUCUACCUGCGUGCCCAGCUCGACAAGAAAUUCCUGGUCUUCUCCCGCGAGGAGGCGGCCUAUGGGGACCUGCUGGCCCGCAAUGGCCCUGCGGCUGGCAAGGAGAGCUGAGGGGCCAGGGCCUGGGUCUCUGCCAUGCACUGAUGCCCUUAGGUCAAAAACCCUGCACUAGUUACUGUAGGAUUAUCACUUCUGAGUGCCUAGCAUCCGCAGCAGCUUGCAAACCAACCCAGUCCCUGCUCUAACCACGAGGCUCCACUCCCUCCCAGAGACGGGGGUAGAGCCCAGGAGUCCUGGUCCCUGCUCUAACCAUUAGAUCCCAGUCUCCUCUCAUAGGGUUUUAAGUUCUAUUCCCAGUUCUGGGAUGGGAGUGGGGUCUAGUGGUUACAGCAGGGUGGGAGCUGAGAGUCAGGACUCCUGGGUUCGAGCCCCAGCUCUGGGAGGGGCAUGUGAUCUAGUGGGUUAGAACAGGGGAGGCUGGGAGUCAGGACUCCUGGGUUCUAUCCCUAGCUCUGAGAGGGAAGGGGAGUCUCAUGGUCAGAGGGCUGGGUUGGGGCUUGGAGUCAGGACCCCUGGCUUUUACCCGGCUGCUUUACCCAGUGUGUUUUGUUUCAAUCCGCAGCUGUGGCUGCAAAAAGAUUCUCUGAAAAUGUUUUGUUUUUUUUUAAACAAAAUGAUGAUAAAUCUGUGCUUAAUUUAGUAACACACUGGGACAGAUGCUUUAUCGGGGAGCGGCCAGUUCAGGGGUGCGGUAAAUGGGACAUGGGGCCUUUCCCCUCUAGGGGGCGCCAGCUCCAAUCCAGCCCCAGGGCAGGGAAACUGGCUGGCUCAGGGGAUUGAGGCAUGGGAUACCGAGCCUUUCUCCUCUUGGGGCGCCGGUUCCGGUUCCAUUCGCUAGUAACCAAAAGCCAUUCCCACCUACCUGCGCCCUAUGAAUCAAACUGAUGGGGAUCCUGGCCCCAACCGUUCAGUUUAGGCACCUCUGCGCCCCCUUGCUGGAGGCCUCAGUAGUUAUCAGAGGUCUGAAUUGAGGCACAUUAGGGAUGGGGGCUGAGGGAGCGGCUUCUUCUGUCCCCAGAACCCCAGUCUUUGCGUCUCAGCAGGGGGAGAUUUUAACUGGACUUAGAGCUGGAUCUAGAGCCCAUGGGAGUCAAUGGGAAGAUCUGGCUGGGCUUUGGGUCAGUCCUGAGACACUUGGUCUCCAAGUCUUGUGUUUUAUGGUUUCCCUGUUCUGAUGCAGGAGGCUGUGACCGCUCUGGGCUGGGCAUGAAACUGGGAGUCAGGACUCCUGGGUUCUAUUCCUGGCUCUGGGAGGGGACCCCAGCCUUACACCAAUGCCUUAACCAGGAACCUUUAUUUUUAAGCGCUGGGUUUUUUUAAUGUAUUGGUCUUAACCCGAAGCUGACAAAGUAUUUUUGUAUCUUUGAUUUUUGUGCGAUCUGAGAAAACAAUUUUUUUUAAAAUACAAGUUGUUGCUUCUUUUA